AUGUGCUGCGACGAAGACACGUCAGUUUGGCAACUAGACGAAGGAUGCACUGCAUCGGUCCUGUACGAAAUAUUCUCUUGGUUGUCGGGGGAAGAGCUGGCUCGUGUCGGAGCCGUGUGCAGGCUCUGGCGUCGCUCGGCUUCAGAACCGGCGCUCUGGCGUCGUCUGCUGCUGCGCUGUAACUCCGCUGACACGGAAGCCACUCGAGCACUGCGUGACGUCAUAACAGAUCCUUCGCAGUGGCGGCAAGAGUACGUGAACGCACAUGCCCCGUGGGUCACAGUAGGUGGUCUGCAAGUCGGUUCCGGAUAUGUCUUGCAACACGCGGCCUUGUCACCCGACGGAAGUCGGUUGGCGAUCACCACUGAUGAUGCUACAUUAUUUAUUUGGGAGCUGUUAGAAGAAGCAUGGAAAGAGUCAUGGCAAUGUGACCUGGGUGCAUUGAGAGGCUGGGCAAGCGCAGCCCGAUCUGACUGGGCGGAAUGCAGCAGUCGGCUUCUAGUGGCGGGGGCCUGCGCUCUGGUCGACGUCGCUACCCGCUGGGAACUGCUCGUCUUUGAUUUUGAUGAGCAGUGCAAGGGGCACAUGAAAAGCCGAGCUCGGUGCGGGGCUGGAGCGGCUGGGUGCUGGGCGCGGUCCGAUGGCAGCUGCUUCCUCUCCUUGGAGCCUGCGCUUUUGACUCCGGGAUUAUCCUACACCACUGUAUGGCUUAAUGCUGCCACUCAGGAAACUGAUUCAGAGUACACGGGCGUGCGGACGCGACUACUGCGCAUAUUUAAUGAAGAUAACGCCCAUGUUUUACAAACACUAGUGAUGGACGAUUCUUCGGAUGAUAUGGUGCCAUCUACAAGCAGAGGAGUUACUUACGUGCACGCCACACGCUGGUACUCUGGACAUUUUGUAUCUGAACAGUCUGAUCAGCGUUUGCUUUUGGCCUCGUGGGGCAAUAAGAACCGUGGAGGACUGAGUGCUUGGAGCAUACCGACAUCAUUGAAACGAGUAGAGGCGCGCAGCGGAGGUGGACUUGCGGACCGGUUUGCGGCCCGGAGAGAGCAGCGCCGCGACCCGCCCCCCGACCCGCCUCCGCCCACCGAAGAAGAGCUGAGGGCACUUUGUGACCCCCCAAAGGCCACUUGUGAUCUAUGUUCGAGACCUCUCGGCAUCGUGGAACAUCCAGGGAGGAAAUGCGUAUGGGUAACCACCAGUAGCGGAGCUGUGUAUUGCGUACAUAUACCGACAUUGGAACCACUGCAGGUCCUGAUACCCGCGCAACUAACGCUUCAUACUGAUUCAUUCUCCCACUACGUCCAACCAGCUGCCUCAACACACUAUGUUGCCACCCCAGCGGGGUCGCUGUCAGGCGCCGUGCACGUCUGGUCCACGACGUGUCGCUCGCACGCGCAGCCGCCGCUCCGCGCGCCCGCCCCCGCCGUCGCCGCGCUCCUCCCCGCGCGCCCCGCGCCCGCACUCCUCCCCGCGCACCCCGCGCCCGCACUCCUCGUCGUGGCCGGAGACACCGUACAUAUGUGGCGGAAUCGAGCAACAAUACAGAGCGCACCAGAUACAUACUGAUCUUUCGAAAUACUUAUGUGAUGAUCAUUGAACAUUAAAUUGGACUGUUGACUUGAAAAAA